CGCCAUCUGCACUAUUUUCGUCCAAGGGGAGGCAAUUAGUAGGAGGAUUUCGUGGUUGAGUAACUUGAUGAAGAUGAUUGACUAAUCACCCGAACUGAUCAAUAUAACGGGAAUUUAAUCAGUAAACAAAAUGCCUUCCAAACCAAGUGUUGAUUUCAAGGAAUGUCUGAAGGAUUCGCCUGUAUUUAGGUCAUCCCUAGAUUCAGCUGAACAAGACAUAGAACAUCUAGAGGCCAAGUUAGAGAGACUAGUAAAAGUAUGCAACAUUAUGAUAGAGACAGGAAAGACCUUCAAAAAAGCUAGCAGUGAUUUUAUAGUUGGUGUAAGAGACUUAGCAUCAUAUUUCAAAACAGACGACUUGUUAAAUGACGACACUAAAGUAUCUAACUGUUUGUCAAAGUUUGCCCAUGAAAUGACAGAGAUGCUGAAAUACUUUACAAUAUUGCUAGAUCAAGCAAAUAGAUCUGUUUGCCAGAAUAUACAGAAAUUAAUUAAAACGGAUAUAAAGAAGGUGAAAGAUUCCAGGAAGGAUUUUGAGAAGAUUAGUGAUGAUUUAGAUUCAGCGUUAAAUCGUAAUUCUAAUGUUCCACGUACUAAAGUACAGGAGUGUGAAGAAGCUAAAAAUAUACUGACCUCUAAAAGGUCAGGUUUCGCUCACGCCUCACUAGAUUAUGUCUUUCAAAUAAAUGUUCUCCAUUCAAAGAAGAGAUUUGAUGUUUUAGAAACUAUGUUAUCAUUUAUGCAUGCCCAUAGUACAUAUUUUCAUCAAGGUCAUGACCUGUUUAAUGAAUUUGACCCAGAAAUGAAAAGUAUAACUGGACAGGUAGAUGAGUUGAGAGAGAAAGCUAAGCAGGAGAGAAGAGAAAUGGAAGAACGUCACACUCUAGUCCAGAAAAAAGAUCUGUCUCAAAUAACUAGUUCUAUCCAUGGUGAAAAUGGUGUUAUAGAAGGCUACCUGUUUAAGAAGACAAGUAAAGGAUUCAAAAGCUGGGUUAGACGUUGGUUUGCUAUACAGAAUAACCAGCUUAUUUACAAGAAGAGGUCAGGGUCACACAAUGCUUUAUCUAUUAUGGAGGAAGAUCUACGUCUAUGUACAGUAAAGCCUGCCUACGAUACUGAGAGACGAUUUUGUUUUGAAGUGUUGUCCCCUACAAGGAGUCAUCUGUUACAAGCCGACUCUGAUGAAGACUGUAAGAUGUGGAUCACUGAAAUAACAUCAGGAAUCUCAAGAGCGUUUAAAGAUGCGGAAAAUCAGGAACUGAAACAGGAAGAAGAUGAUCCUAGUCCACAAGAGAACAAAACAGAUGAAAAUGAAUUACCCACAACUCUGAAACUUAGUAAAGCACAGAUACGAUUACAACAGUUAUUUUCUAUCCCUGGUAAUGACCACUGUUGUGAUUGUGGAUCUAAGGACCCCAGAUGGGCUAGUCUUAACCUUGGUAUAACAUUAUGUAUUGAAUGUUCAGGAAUUCACAGGAGUUUUGGUGUUCACCUGUCCAAAGUAAGGUCCAUAACUCUGGAUGCCUGGGAACCGGAACAAUUAAAAGUCAUGGCAGAGUUAGGAAAUGACAUAAUAAAUAGAAUAUUUGAAAAGAAUGUUGAUGAAACCAUAGCAACAAGAGCAACUGCAGAAUGCAAAAGAUCUAUCAGGGAAUCUUGGAUAAAAGCAAAGUAUGUUCAGAAAGCCUUUGUGAUGAAGUUACCUGGCCCUAAAACUACAGCAGGGAAGAAGAUCAGAGGAUGGAGUGUGAAGAAAAAGUUACGUCGUUCUCCAGAGAAAGUAACAGGGGACCAGUCAGAUAAUGAUUUAGAUGUUACCAGUGGAUUAAUGGAAGGAAAAAAUAAUUCCAAAGCAGUGAUGUCCGUUUCAACCAACAACGUAUUAAAUGAUAGCGACAGUGGAAUAGGCGCCAAUGCUUCAGAUGUAAUAGCUUCAGAUGUUAUUGUCUUCGGAACAGAUUUAGAGUUACCUGAUCUUGGUAGAUCAAUCAGCAUUGAAAGUUCAGAUGAAUCUGACACAGGGGUUGACGAAGGUGAAGAUUCACAGUCAACAACUUCCUGGGAAGAUAUGAGUAAACUGGAUCCUAAUAUGUUACUAUACAAGGCAGCUCAAGCUAGGAACCUGACUGUUAUGUUAGAGGCACUGGCUAAUGGAGCUGACCCUAACUGGGUGAACGAAGAGGAGGAAGGCAGGACUCCGUUAAUGAAAGCCGUAGAAACUGGUUCUUUAUCAGCUUGUGAGUUUUUAAUGUUGAACGGUGCCAAACUGGACAGGCAAGAUAAAAACUUAAGGAUGCCAUUACACCAUGCUGUUAUGCAUGGAAAUACAGGACAAGUUUGUCAGUUUCUGAAGAGAGGUGCCAACCUUCAUUCACCUGAUGCUAAUGGAAAGGAUCCAUUACAGAUAGCUGUAGAUGCUGCCAAUGCAGAUAUUGUCACAUUAUUGAGACUUGCCAAGUUAAAUGAGCAGAUGAAAGAGGAUAGUGACAUGGGCAAUACUGACGAUACAUUUAACGAAGUGUUCAGAGACUUUUCUAAUAUGGCGUCAAAUAAUCCAGAAUUAUUACGGCGGCAUGUAGAACAAACUGACCAAUCAGAAUCCUUAGACAGUAGCGUGGAACAAAGUCCUACUUGAUAUUGGAUUACAACUUAGAAAUUUUCCAAUAUUUUAAUGCAUUUGGGGUCAAAGUUUAGUGCAAUAGUUGACUUAGUAACUUAAUAAUAAAUUUCCUGUUACUUUUGCUAAUGUUUGCUGAUAUCUGUGGCUUGUGUUUUCUUGUUAUUGAUGGUUUUCAACAUUGUAUUUAUUUUAUGAAAAAUUUAAAUUUUGUUUGAUAUGAAAGUCAAUGGAAUAAAUUAACCAACCGUAUCAAUGGUUAUUGUAUGCCAUAAUUAAAAUCCUUAGAUAGUAUAUAGUACAUUCAAGAUACCAUCAAGAAAUUUUUCAAAUGUACCAUCCCACUUUUCCAAGCCUGUCCAGUUUGUAGAUAUAUGCUGUACAUGUUUGCUAAGUAGACAAGUCAAUGCUUAUAGUAUACUUUGUUGAAAAUUUCCCCCCCUGCAAUUUAUGAUUAAACAGCCAAACAUAAACUCCUAAACAAAUAUUUUGAAUGCACACCUGUACAAUACUAGUUUGUUAAUUUGCUUGCUACAAGUGAACAAAAUAUUCAAAUAAAAAGUAUCUGCACUAAUCAAAUAUGUCAUAGAUGAUGUAUGCUGUUUUAUUCUGCUUUAUAAAAUGUUGGACAUAUUGCUUGCUAAUACCAUGACAUAAUAAAAAAGGGACCAGUUCCUACAAAAGUUAAACACAAAAAGAAACAGAAUGGGUUGCUUGAAAACUUAUUUCAAAAAAUGAAUGUAUAAUUUGCUUUAGUAAAUUGUGACUAAUUUAAUCUAGAUUGUUUAUAUGCGUUUGAACAACUUUUGAACAAGUGGUUAUAUUUAUAAUAUUCAAUCCAGCAAAUAUCUGAUUAUUACUGAGAUCAAAAUUUAGAAAUCACUGGGACCAAGUGAAGUAAUUACUAAGUUCAAAUAAGGUAGUCACUGGGGUCAAAUGGGCUAACCACUUUGGUCAAAUAAGAUAAUAAAGUUCUGUGAGGUAAUUACUGGGUUCAAAUAAAGUAUUGACUAGGGUCAAAUAAGAAUAUCACAGGGGUCAAGUGAAGUAAAAUAAAAGCCUCUGGGAGACAUUUUUCAGACUGUGAAAUCCUAAACUAUAAUCAGAAUCUUAAUAGUAAAAAAUGGAAUGUUUUUGGAAGUGAUAUGAAUGGGAAAAUGGUGUAUAUUGUUUUGCUUGAAAUACAUCUGAACUAUUGAAGUGUUAUAUGGUUUGAAAUUAAAAUAUUAUUUUUGUUAAGAGAGUUGAUGUUUAAUCUGUGUGUGUAUGUAUGUGUGCAUUGUGUUAUAUGUGUGUAUAUAUUUUAUAAAUGUUUGCCAGCUUUAGUAUGGUUGAACCAUGCAUCAUACUUUGUAGACAUAUUUUUGUUAAGCAUUGUUGUUAUUUUUAAUAGUAUAACUCAAAAGGGAUAGAAGGGUUUAAUCUGUUAUUAACCAGAUGAAAUAAAACAUUGGUUAUAAAGAUGUAUGUCCUUUCUACAAAGAUUUUUAAAAUCAAUGUUUCAUUGCUGAUUUACUGUCUCCAAGUGUGUUAAUAUGGUUUGAAAAGCCAAACUUUCAAGACUUGUAAAUUUCAUAUGUUGCUUUUUACUACUGAAACCAACAAUUACCAAAUGUAGUUAAAAUUUGGACCUUUCGUUUAAUAGAUAUGUAAGGAAAGGUCAGAUAGAAAUGGUUAAACAUGAAAUAUCAAUUAAAAUAAGUUGGUUUACAAAGGAGUAGGUCCAGUAAGGACCGAUUUUGGCCUCAAAUUUCAGGUUCAUCUGACGAAAGAUUUUUACCACUUUUUAAACACUUAAGUGUCUAUUUCAUUUUAAUCAAUUAGUUUAUUUGAAAGAUUUUAACUGAUUAAGACAUUAAAAACGAUCCGAUUCAAGCUCAAAUAUGAAAAAUCUACCAAAUAUGCAAAAAAAUGUCACUUUUCAGAUGUUUUUUGUCAAAAAUGAAAGUGGCCGCAUCCGUGUUCAUCCGCAAUCUUUAUAUAUGUUAUGUAUUAUCAUAAAAUACAACUUACAUUUCAAUAUUAAGGAUGAACACGAAUGCGGCCACUUUUGUUUUACACGUAAACUGUCUUAAAUUUAACUAAAAUGAUAGAAUUGUGUAGAAUUCAGUAAUUUAGCAUGACUUUAUGGUGCUAGUACCUGAUAUAUGUGCAUUGUAAUGUCAAAAACAGCCCAUAUUUAUGUAGCAGAAGCAUUCUUCUGUCCAAUAAAUAACUAAAAGUUUACAUUUUAACAACUUUGUAAAACUGCUAUAUUUUGGGGCCAAAAAGCAGCCACCUGAGCCUACUCCUUUUACAGCAUUUAGUGAAAUAGAAUAUAUGUAAUGGUUAUAACAUCAUAGAAGGGUAUAAAUCUCAUGGCAAAUUUUACCUCAACAUUGAAAGUCUCAAAAAUGUAUAUAAACGACAUUAUACUUGAUUUUAAUGAAUCCAUCAACAUUAUCUAAAGCCAUAUUGGUGCUGAACAAAUAUACAAUUGUGAGAGAAUUAUAAAAUGGAUUUACUAAAAUAUUUUUCUCUUGUAAAAUAUAUCAUGCAAGUCAUUGCCAGAUAAGCAUUUUCUGUUUGUGCAUACAAUUUUUUAAAGUAUAUAUUUUGUGAUUAAAUGUUUUUGCUUAUGUUUUACUUUAUUCCAUUAUUGUGCAAUAACUACAAGCUGUGUUUCCUCAUAUACAUGUAUAUAUAUUGUAAAUAUAUUCUAAAGUGUUGUCAGAUUUUUCUGAUUUAAAACUUUCUCUGACUAUUAUAUUCAUAUAUAAAUUUUUUAAUUACUUUGUUGAUGACGAAAAAAAAUGUUUUUGUAGUAAAAGCAUUUGCUUUGAUGGCCAUUUUGUUUAUGUGAAAUAGAGUGCACACAUUUUUAAUCUACAGUUCUAGUAGAUAAGUUAAUUUGAUUAUGCAUUCCUCAAAUAGAAUAUUUAAAUGAAAUUUUAUUAGAUAACCCUUUUACUUAAUACUUUAUAUCUGCUAAAUGUUAAAUAACUGACUUAAAUGUUAGGUCGGAAGUUAGUAAUUCAACCUCAUUUAAAUCUGUAUUCAUGUGAAUUUAAAUUUAAUCCUUUACUAAAUAUCAGUCUAGUCUAAACUACACACAAAAUGAUGAUUCACUAUACUGAGUCAUUUUGUUCCUUAAGGACCUUUUUGUAAUUUGGAUAUACGUUGUAGUAUAUUUUAAAUCAAAUACUUAAAUUUGAGUCAAAUUGGUGAACAUAAAUUUGAUAGCUACAAUAUGAAAAACGUUCAGGAUAACUUUUGCAAACCACAAAUUAUAAGUUGAUUUAGAUUUUGUAGACAACUGAAAGAUGUGUUGACUUUUGAUGAUACAAUAUAUAAGCAUUGUUAUAUAAAUUGCUUCAUACACUUAUUUAAGUUUUGCAUAAUAUGGAAAUACAAAUAUCUCAGAAAAUCAAAUUUGAAUGUUUUCAUCAGAGCUGUGUUAUUGUUUCAAAUUAUAUAUAUUUUUAAGUCCUAAAAUUGUUUUAGUUUACUUUAUUUUUGUCUGAUACAUGUAUUAAUAAAAAUUGUAUAAAUUU